UCAUCGGCGUCGUACACAUGCACCAAGUCGGGCCAAACACCCAAAUGCCAGCAACUAUAACGGAAUAAUGAAGUGUACAAAGAUUUUGUGGAGACCUAACUUUGUGAGGAUCAUGUCAUAAAAUUUGUCACCUCGACGACUUUGGCUGAUGUUUUUCAGAUAUGGAUUCAAGCAAAGGCUAUAACAUACAAACACUCAUUCAGGUUCCUGUACGGUUGAUUUGCGCUUUGUGUGGACUCAUUUUGAGAAACACCAUCCAAACAAGUCGUGGUGAAAGAGCUUGUAGCACUUGCUACAACGAAGCUGUCCGUAAACCUGGCUUGUGUCCAAUUGAUGGUGAAGAACCAACUGAAAUUUUUAAAGAUAAAUAUGCUGACAAAGAAAUUGGUGAAAUCGAAUGUUAUUGCACCAACAAAAGUAAUAACUGUAACUGGAUUGGUCCUAUAAAAUUACUUGAGCAACAUUUUGAAGAAUGUGAAUUCAAUGUCGUGCCAUGCUCCAAAUGUAACGAAGAUGUAUUGAGGCGUGACUUGGCAACUCAUGAGCGUCAAUUGUGUGUCAAAAGAACCAUCCACUGUCCUUACUGUGGUAUCACUCUUUCACAUGAUCUCUACCAGGAGCAUGAACCUAUUUGCCCAGAUAGACCAAAAAUGUGUCCAAUGAAUUGUGGAAAGGGUUUAACAGAUGGGCAUCAAAACCAUCUUUUGGAAUGUAGUAACAUUAGGAAUGGGCAAGCCUGUGUAUACCAGCUUCUUGGUUGCAAUUACAAGGGUGGACAAUCAGUCCUUGAUCAUAAGAAUGAGACGCAUCUGCUACAUGAUGUGGUUACAGUGACAUCAAUUUCACAACUUCAGCACGACAAUUUUACCCUACAAAAAGCAGUGCAGGAGAGUAGCGACAAGAUAGCUGUUUUAGAAGAGAGACAUCUACUUGACCAGCAAGCAAUUAUGCAUCAAAGAGAAGAAGUAAAUUCACUUAAAAAUGAUGUAAAAAAACUUCAAAAAAAGUACGAGGAGCAAAUGUUGUUGGUGCUGGAAAAAGUGAACAAUUUGGAUAGAAAAGUUAACGAGCAUGAAAAUCCAACUUCUGAGGGAAUAACCCAAGCUUUAAAAGAGUGUAAUGAAAAAGUAGAAAGAUUAGAUAAUAGCCAAACAAUGUUAAGCUCAAAUUUGUCAGAUUUAGACUUGCGUCAACAGCUGCUAGAGAACACAUGUUACAAUGGUCGAAUGCUUUGGAAGAUUGACAAUCUCGAAUAUAGAAUGAAGCAAGCAGUAGAUGGCAAAGUGACUGCCUUGCACAGCGCUCCAUGUUUCACAAAGAAAUUUGGAUAUAAGUUUUGCACAAGGCUUUAUCUGAAUGGAGAUGGAAUUGGAAGAGAUUCACACGUAUCUCUCUUUUUCGUACUCAUGAGAUCAGAAUACGAUGCUUUGUUGGAAUGGCCAUUCCGUGAAAAGGUUACUUUUCGCUUGUUAAGUGCGAAUGAUGUGAGAGGGUUAGAUAUUAGAGAAACAUUUUUGCCUGAUCGUACUUCAACCAGCUUUCAAAAGCCUGUUCGCGAAAUGAAUGUUGCUGCUGGCUGUCCCACUUUUAUUACAAUUGAUGAGUUAAAAUCUGGAAAAUAUAUUAUAGGCAACAGUAUAUUUAUUGAAACUGUAGUAGGGUAAAGCACGACUCUUUAUAUUGAAUGUAAAAACAUGAUCAUAAAAAAAGUAAAGAACUAGUUUCAAUGAAUCACACUAAACAAGUUUUUUUAUCUAGA